AUGGUGGAGGCGCCGCAGCCGCGGGCUUGCAGAGGCCGCGUGCGCCUGGGCGCGGCGGGUCAACGCUCCGGGCCCCGCACCGCAGAGCCGGGCGCGGUCUUCAGGGCGGGCGCGGAGUUCCAGGCCUGCCGGGCAACAGCGCACCGUUUGCGAUUCCCUGAGUUGCAGCUCCGGUCAGAGUCCCCCGGCCCCAGACCCGUGUCACCUCAGCCUCUACCCUGCACCUCCGGCUCCAGGCCCGCUCAAAAGUCACCUCCGGCCCAGUGGGCGCAGCGCCCCCCGCAUCCCGCAGAUCUCCUGCGCCCCGACGCGGCCUCUGAACCUCUGUGCCCAGGUCCCCACGCGGGUGUCUUCAGCAGACUCCCCGCGCCCCACGCCUCCUUCCAGGGCGGGCCUCCCCUGCGUCCAACUAGGACCCGCAAACCGGUCUCCUUGUCCUCUCCGGGCCCAACCUGCGCCCUGAGCGCUGCGGCUCCGCACGUCCUCCCACCCGUCCCGGCCUCCAGCCUCCCCACGCCCCCCUCGCGCUCCCGAGGACCCUGCGCGCCCUCCCCGGCGCCCAUCCCACCUCCUCCACCCGCGCACCUCCUCCCGCCGCCUCGCCAGCCAGGGACCCGGCUCUCCGCGCCUCGCCCGCGCCGCCCCCAGAUCCCGGAACCCUGCAGCCCUGCCCCUCCCCGGCUCGACCCAGGACCUGCGAAGCCCUCACCUCCUGCGCGCUGCCGAUUCCCGGCCAGGCCGCGCCCCUCGCCGUCCUCCCCUCCUGCAUCCCCUAUGCUCCCCUAA